AGAAAAUUUCCAUAUUCGCUAAAAAAGCUCAAACCUUUCUGAGCUUUUUCCGAUUUAGUCUGAAAAGUGAGAAAUUCACAACAACAAAAGCAACGAUUUUUAUCAGUUUUGUCCUCUGCUCUGUUUUAUGGUUCAGCUUUGGUUUACUUUAAAUCCCUAUGCCGUCACGUUCAUUCUUGGCGCCGACUCCGGCUCCAGCUCCGGCGGCUCUAUCCACAUCGCAGGAUAAGACAACUCGAAUAUUAUCCGGAGCCGGCGCCGGUUUCUCUAUCUUCAUAGCUCUCUCCGUCUGUUUCUGCAAGUUCAGCCGGAAACGUUCAUCAUCAUCACCUCCGCCGGCGGAAAACGUUUCCUCUUCCACUCGGAAACCGCCGCCACGUGAGUUUUCCUAUUCGGCUCUCCGUCGCGCAACCGGCUCUUUCUCGCCGGCGAAUAAGCUAGGUCAAGGCGGAUUCGGCGUUGUUUUCCGAGGAACUAUCUCCGGCGGCGAGAAUGUAGCCGUCAAGGUAAUGGAUUCAGGAUCUCUCCAAGGAGAAGGCGAGUUUCAGAACGAGUUGUUCUUCGCCUCCAAGCUUGACUCGCCUCACGUUGUCCCUGUCCUGGGCUUCUCACACGAUCGAAAACGACGACGUUUGCUUCUUGUGUACAAGCUCAUGGCCAAUGGUAAUCUCCAGGACGCUCUGCUUCACCGGAGAUGCCCUGAGCUUAUGGAUUGGAAUCUGAGGUUUCUGGUUGCUGUUAACAUUGCGGAAGGGAUUGAGCAUCUUCAUAGCCUUGAACCACCUGUUAUUCAUGGUGAUAUUAAGCCUAGCAAUGUUUUGUUAGAUCAUCUCUUCUCCGCCAAGAUCGCUGAUUUUGGUUUGGCUAGGUUGAAACCAGAGCAGGUUGAGAUCAGUGUAGCGCCGGAGCGUGAUGGUGAUGGGUCUAUGGUUGAAGAAGUGGAGAGUGUUGUAACUACUGUGACUGGUUUUGAAGAUUUUAACUUUGGGUUGGUUGAUCAGUCGCCGGAAAGUGUUGUUGCUAAGGUUCCAGGGUCGGUGAGUGGUUCGCCUGAGACGACUGUUUCUCCUGAAAUGGGGGAGAAAACAGAUGAGGAUGGUGGUGGUAGUGUUGUGAUAAAGAAAGGUAAAGAGGUUGAGAGCAAAGAGUGGUGGUGGAAGCAGGAGGGUAAUGUUGAAAGAGGGAAAGUGAAAGAGUAUGUGAUGCAAUGGAUUGGUUCUGAGGUUAAGAAGGAGAGACCUAGCAGUAUGGAUUGGAUUGAGGCGUCAAGUAAGAAACUUGAGAAGAAGACUAGCAAGAGACUUGAUUGGUGGCUUUCACUGGAGGAAGAGGAUGAGAAGAAGAAGAAGACAAAGAAGAAGCGGAGGAUGGUUAGAGAGUGGUGGAAAGAUGAGUAUCGUAGAGAACUCUCUAAGAAGAAGAAGAAGAAGCAGAAUACGUUGGAAUCUGAAUUUUGUAGUGAUGAUGGGAGUAGUAGUGUGAGUCAAUGGAGGCGUGGUAGUGGUAGUAGCAUAGAUUGGUGGUUAGAUGGGUUAAGUGGUGAAAGGUGGUCGAGAGGACGAGGAAAUAGCCAUGACUCGGUGAGCGGUGAGAUGGCAAAGAGCUGCGGAGUUAGUAGCACGCCGAGCAUGAGAGGAACCGUGUGUUAUGCAGCGCCUGAGUACUGUAACUUAGAUAACAACGUGUCUGAGAAAUGUGAUGUUUAUAGCUAUGGUGUUCUGUUGUUGGUUCUGAUUUCCGGGAGGCGUCCGUUGGAGAUGACCGGAUCCGCUAGUGAGAUCCAACGGGCAAACCUCAUGUCUUGGGCGAGGAAGCUGGCGAGAAGAGGGAAACUUGUUGAUCUUGUGGACCAAAAGUUGCAAAAUUUGGAUCAAGAACAAGCAGUGUUGUGCAUAAAGGUUGCCUUGCUUUGUCUGCAAAGAUUCCCGGUUUCACGACCGUCGAUGAAAGAGGUUGUGGGGAUGCUUAAAGGAGAAGUAAGUUUGCCGGAGUUGCCUACUGAGUUCUCACCAUCGCCACCUUUGAAAACGACGAGGAAGCAGCACCGUUGAUUAACUUAGGAAUCACUUUGGUGACUGUUUAAAUGUGUUGAUGAGUGUACACGGUUAGUUUUAGGAACUUUGAUUUUAAGUUAACAAUACUUUCCAACUUCUGCCAAGUUAAGUAGUCUGUUUUUUUUCUUCAUCAUGCUCAUUGACAUUGAUUGAUUCAUAGUUAUCUAAUUUUGUUAACGUCA